CUGCAUCCCAUCCACUCAACCACUCCCUCUCUUUCAGCUUUUAUCUCCUAGGGUUUUCCACCAGUUCUCUUUCCUUUCCCCUCCUUGAAAACAAUGGCAGCCGCUGAUACCGAGUACAGGUGCUUCGUCGGUGGUCUAGCCUGGGCUACCACCGACGAGGCCCUCCUUGAGGCCUUCAGCACCUACGGCAACGUCGUCGACUCGAAGAUCAUCAACGAUCGUGAGACUGGAAGGUCCCGCGGGUUCGGAUUCGUGACCUUCGGCGACGAGCAGUCGAUGAAGGAUGCCAUCGCCGGGAUGAACGGCCAGAACCUUGACGGCCGUAACAUUACCGUCAACGAGGCUCAGUCCCGUGGAAGUGGCGGUGGAGGCGGUGGAUUCCGCAGUGGAGGCGGUGGUGGUGGUUAUGGUGGAGGCCGACGUGAGGGCGGAUACGGAGGUGGCGGCGGUGGCGGCUACGGUGGCGGCCGUCGUGAAGGCGGUGGUGGUGGAUACGGUGGCGGCGACCGCUACUCCAGCAGGGGCGGCGACGGUGGCAACUGGAGGAGUUAAAUCCAUCUAGCUUUAGAUUAGGGGGAUUGGGGGGUCGUGAUGACGUGGAUUGAAUUAUCGUGUCUGGAACUAUGUUUUAAGAGUUAAUUAGGGUUAUCGGUGGUGCUGCUGCGUUCUCUUUUUUGUUCUCUGGUUACUGUUCGGUUCGAGUCAUGGUCCAUGUACUGGAUUGGUUUAUCGUUACUGUUCCGUGUUAUGAAAAAUGAAAUCUGAGGUACUUU